UGCGGAGGGGAGUCUCGGCGGAGGGUGGCAGGCAGGCGAAAGAGCAGGUUGGGCGACCCGGGGGAAGUCCUAAGCCCAGAAGCGAAAGGGGCUGAAAGAACAAAGUGUUGGCUUUGCAGAAUUUAGUGGACCCAACAGUUGUUACAGUUCCUGUUGAAAGGAAGAGUUGUACAAGAGGAACUUCAGCCUUGUUGGAGACUCCCUUUGGAGCACAGAACUGGAGAUGGAUGUACAUGACCUGGCUGGUCCAGGUACCAUCAUGGCAGGAAGCAGAGAGGAAUUCUGGGAAGGCACUAUGCAGAAGACUCUGGAUCAGGAAAUGCUCAAUUCAGAAAUACAGCGCCAGCACUUUAGGCAGUUCUGCUACCAGGAGGCUGAGGGUCCUCGAGAGGUCUGCACCCACUUGCACAAACUUUGCCAUCAGUGGCUGAAGCCCGAAAAGCUCACCAAAAACCAGAUCCUGGACCUGGUAAUCCUGGAGCAGUUCCUGACAUUCCUGCCUCUGGAGGUGGAGAGCUGGAUCAGAGAAUGUGGAGCGGAGACCAGUUCGCAGGCAGUGGCCCUGGCAGAAGGUUUCCUCCUGAGCCAGGCAGAGGACGAGAAGCAGAAAGAGCAGCAGCACCAGCCCUUCAAACAGUUCUGCCCCCAGGAAGCUGAGGGGCCCCGAGAGGUCUGCAACCGACUCCACAGUUUUUGCUAUCAGUGGCUCAAACCAGAGCAACACACAAAAAACGAGAUGCUGGACCUAGUGAUUCUGGAGCAGUUCCUGACCAUCCUACCCCCAGACAUGGAGAGCUGGGUCAGGGAAUGUGGAGCAGAGACCUGUUCGCAGGCAGUGGCUUUGGCAGAAGGUUUCCUCCUGAGCCAGGCAGAGGACGAGAAGCAGGAAGAGCAGCAGGAUCCCCUAUCCUUUGAGGAAGUGACUGGGCAUUAUACCCAAAAGGAUUGGGCUGUGCUGAAUGCAGACCAAAGAACCCUGUGCAGAGAAGACAGAGAGGAGACUUGUCAGAAUGUGGCCUCCCUGGGUGAUGGAUGGAAGAGAAAGAAUGAGGGAGUGUUGGCGGAAAGAGUGGGAUGUACAGAAGGUGAAGAGCAAAGAAAGGAAAUGGAAGUAAAGCAGGAAAGGAGAAAUGAAAUCUCUGCUCUUCGUGCUGGUGACUAUGAAGAAACCCCAGACCAAGACAUAAUAGUCGUAAGAAAUGAAACAAAGAAUCAACUCUCGUGUAAGAAAAUCUUUGGGGAUAAAUCAAAAGUUAAACGUCAAUAUAAAACCAAGAAUGGAGAUAAGCCAUUUAAGUGCUUGGAGUGUGGAAAGGGCUUCACUCAGCGCUCAGCUCUUAAGACACAUCAAAGAAUUCACACAGGAGAGAAACCAUAUAAAUGUUUGGAGUGUGGCAAGACCUUUCGCCAGAGCUCAAAUCUUAUACAACAUGAAAGAAUGCACACAGGAGAGAAGCCAUAUAAAUGUUUGGACUGUGGAAUGAGCUUUUUCCAGAGCUCAAAUCUUACACAACAUCGAAGAGUUCAUACAGGGGAGAAACCUUUUAAAUGCUUGGAGUGUGGAAAGAAUUUCAACCAGAAGAAACACCUCAGUGUACAUCAAAGAAUUCACACAGGAGAGAAACCCUAUAAAUGCUUGGAGUGCGGAAAGCAUUUCCGGGAGAGUGGACAGCUUAAUGUACAUCUAGUAAUUCACACAGGAGAGAAACCAUUUAAAUGCUUAGAAUGUGGAAAGAGCUUUAAUCAGCGUUCAAAUCUUAGCCAACAUCAAAGAAUUCACACAGGAGUGAAACCAUUUAAAUGUCUGGCGUGUGGAAAGACCUUCACUCAGAGUUCACAUCUUACAAAACAUGAAGCUUCACACAGGUGAGAGAGAUCAUACGCAUGUCUGAUGUGUGGAAAGACCUUCUAUCCAAGCUCAAAGCUUGCACUACUUCUAAGAAUGCACAUAGGAGAGAAACCAUUCCAAUGUCUGGAGGGUGGAAAGAGCUUCAGUUAUUUUUAAAAUAAAUUUUAUUUAGCAUA